AUGUUUGAUAAGGAAAACGUUAUAAAAAAUUGUAAGAAAAAGAAAAAUGAGAUAAAGGAAGUUACAAGAAAAUGCCUUAGCUUGAUUGAUUUAAAAUACAGUACCUUCACAUCUCUAAUAAAUAAGAAGAAUUCUUCUGGAAUUUUUACAAACUAUCAAUUUAGCGAUGAAGAAAUAAAGUUUUAUGAAGAAGAGAAUUGCUCAAAUGAUGUAUAUUUUCCAGAAAGUUCCUACACGAGCAAUGAUUUUAAAAAUUUACUAGGAUGGGUACCAAGAAAUUUAAAAAUUUCAGAGCCUAUUAGUACUGAUUCUAUUCCAUGCGCCUUUUUUUUUUUAAAUGAUGAAAAAUCAACAAGAAGUGAUAAAAUCAUAUUAUAUUUACAUAAAUUUAAUGAAGACUUAGGAAUGAUAAUUCCAACUGUAAACGCCUUGCAUAAAAAGUUAAAUUUAAAUAUAAUUGCUAUGGAAUAUUCAGGGUAUGGUGCCAGCUUUGAUAUUUAUGAGCAGAAAUCAGUAUCAAUCGUGAAUGAUGCGUUUACUAUUUUAAAAUUUAUUUUUAAUUUUUUAAAAAUACCAUAUAGUAAUGUUUAUAUAAUGUGUUAUGAAUUUUUGGCUAGCCCAGCUAUAGAGGUGGUCAAUCGAUUGGAAGAAGUGUAUGGAGAAAGUGGAACGUUGGGGGGAUUAAUACUUAUCAAACCCCAAUUUAUUGAAAUUUUUAACGCGAGCACACCAAAUAAUAAUAAUAAUAAUAAUAAUAAUAAUAAUAAUAAUAAUAAUAAUAAUAAUAAUAAUAAUAAUAAUAAUAAUAAUAAUAAUAAUAAUAAUAAUAAUAAUAAUAAUAAUAAUAAUAAUAAUAAUAAUAAUAAUGAUAUUAUAUUAGCAGACAGUGAAGCAGAUAAUGAAAUAACACAUAAAGGCAUAUUUGAUGAAUAUGUCCAUACAAGUAUCGAUGAAGAGGUUAUAAUUGAUGAAGAAUCUGUAAUCGAUGAUGGACGGGUUAUUAAACAGAAAUUUUAUAAUACAAAUGGUAAAAAAUCAAGUGAAAAAAUGGAAAAAAGCAAAAAAAGGAUAAAUAAUAACAACCGAAGCAAUGAUAAAAAAUGGGGGGGAAAUGAAGACUUCUCUAAUAACAAAAAUAUACAGCAUAUAAAUACUAAAAAUAAUAUAUAUAGAAAUAGUAUGAGAAAUGGAAACAAUAUGAGUACAAAUGAUGGUUAUAAUAAUGUUACCAGUUACCAAUUCUACAAUGGAAUAUUUCGAUGUAGUAUGUCCUUUUUUUAUACCGAAAAUUCCGAGCCUUUGCCAACCGAAGAUAUGAGCAUUCCUUGUUCAUUAAUGAAAAGAAUAUUGAAAGAUAGUUUUGAUAUAAAGCAUGUUAUAAAUUCAAUAAAAUCGAUAUGUUGUUCAAUUUUAAUAUUUCAUUCCGAAAAUGACUCUUAUAAAAAUUCAAGUUCGCAUAUUUUAUUAAGUAAUGCUAAAGAGUGUAAUAAAAAAGCAGCUUUUUCUUUUGAUUUUAUGAAUGAAGAUUUUAUUACAGCAUUUAAAUGGUUUUUUUCUGAAAAAUGUGAUUCUCAGGUUAAUGAUAAAUUAUUUAAAAAUUUAUUAUAUUUAUAUGUUCCUCCAGUAUGCAAUAAUGAAGAAAAUAAAAAUAAUAACCCGAACGAAACAAAAAGUACGGAUAUAAAUCGUAGCAUAUAUUAUUAUAGCAAUGCACACAAUUCUAGUACAGAUUUUAACGAAUCUUUUAGCAGCAAUACAAAAUUAAAUAGUAUCGAUAGUUAUAGUUAUAGUGAUAGUGAUAGUAAUUUCAAAAACUUUUAUAUGAAUAAAUGUGAUUCUUAUAACGAACCACCAAAUAGUAUUCAUAUUCCAGACAAUAUUUUUAUUUGCCCCGAAGUAAUUCAAGAAACAAGCACAUGGAGAGAAAGGAACAAGCAAAUAUAA